GGCCUCAGCAUCUGUCUGGAUUGGAGAUCAUUCGGGAUCUAUGUGAGGGGAAGCUGGAAGGUGGAGAAAUUGGCUCAACAGAAAUAACCUUCACUCCCGGGAAGAUCAAAGGUGGAACCCACAUAGCAGAUACAAAAACAGCAGGGAGUGUGUGUCUACUGAUGCAGGUAGCAAUGCCCUGUGUGCUGUUUGCUGCUUCCCCAUCAGAACUUCGUUUAAAAGGUGGGACUAAUGCUGAGAUGGCUCCUCAGAUAGACUACACAGUCAUGGUUUUCAAGCCAAUAGUUGAAAAGUUCAAUUUCACAUUUAAUUGUGACAUAAAAAAGAGGGGCUACUAUCCUCAGGGAGGUGGUGAAGUUGUAGUCCAGAUGUCGCCAGUCAAAGAGUUGAGCCCAAUAAAUUUAACAGAGCGUGGCACAGUGACAAAGAUAUAUGGAAGAGCAUUUGUUGCUGGAGCGCUGCCUAUAAAACUGGCAAAAGACAUGUCAGCAGCAGCUGUGAGAUGCAUCAGAAAAGAAAUCAGAGAUCUUUACAUUAACAUUCAGCCUGUUCGAGAACCUGAUGAUCAAGCCUUCGGGACUGGAAGUGGAAUAAUUGUUGUUGCAGAGACUUCAACGGGUUGUUUGUUAGCUGGGUCAUCACUUGGCAAGAGAGGAAAGAAUUCUGACAAGGUUGGCAUUGAAGCAGCUGAGAUACUGCUUAGGAAUCUUAAACAUGGUGGAACUGUGGAUGAUUCUCUGCAAGACCAACUGAUCAUUUUUAUGGCACUAGCAAAGGGGGUAUCUAGAGUGAAAAGUGGACCAAUUACGCUUCACACUCAAACGGCGAUACACUUUGCAGAGCAGCUAACAAAGGCCAAAUUUACUGUGACAAAAUCGGCAGAGGAAGAUCCCAGUAAAGAUACCUACAUCAUUGAGUGCCAAGGAAUGGGGAUGAUAAACCCAAAUUUAUAGGGUUAAAAAGAACCCAAAACAAAAAAGCAGCAAAUGGUCAAAGACAAAAUUCAACAUACCUCAGUGAUGUACUGCACUACAUUUCAACGGAUGUAUAAUACACCUGUGAGCAGGAGGAGUGUUCUGUCACAUCUGAGUGAUUUGACUUCAAGGAUGAUACAGAGUUUUUCC